AUGACGUCCGAACCGUCGGAGGAAGCCAUCUCCAACUUCACCAGCUUCACAAACACCACCCGAGAACAGGCCAUCAGCUUUCUCAAGGCCAACGACCUCGACUCGAAUAAAGCUAUCAACGCCUACUUCGAAGACCCCACUGGCCCUCAUGUUUCAGCUUAUCGCGAUGACACGGGUGCGUCGGCAUACCAAAUCGAACACUCCGACGCCGCGGCGCCUGCUCCCAUUCCGCCUUCGCGCCCGCCAUCCACAUCGACCAUGAGAGACGCGGCCCUCGCAGCCGAUCUGCCGCCUCCGCCAGCGCCAGCACAAGAUACCAAGGGAAAUGGUCUAUCGUUGGCAGAACAGGAGGAACGUCAACUGCAGCAGGCAGUGGCCAUGUCAUUAAACCAGAACCUCGGGCAGCAAGAGACCGGUGUCACCACUACGAAUCAGAAUUUCGGCCGUGCGACGCGAGACCACUAUGAGCAGGACGACUGGGCGAUGACGCUUUUCAACUCGAGCGCUCGUGAGAUUGUCAUCAGCCCGGACCCAGUAGACCGCAAGAAGCAACCAGCCGAGCCAGCUUUCAUACGUCCGACGCGGGAGAGCUUACAUUUAAGCGGGCUGAUUACGAUCCUCCAUUCGAUUCCGCUGGCCAGAGAGGCUCUCCUGCUGCGAAACAAGGUUCUUUCGGAUUACGGUAAAAAUGCGCAGUGGUGGGAUGGUCAACCAAUUUACCUUCCCAAGAUCGUCACGAUACACGAAGCACAGGACGGCGACACCGACUGGGAUGAUAUACUCCAUGAGAGCCAGAGACUCAUCGCCUUUUUAGAUUCCACAAAUCGGGCUUUCGGCAGCAUUGAUACACUGGCCGGUUUGAAACAACUGGAGACGUAUGACUCGGACAAAGUCAUAGGCACAUUUCUGGAGUCAUGGCAGGGAUCAGCUGUGACCGCUGACCCAGGGAACCCCUUGGCCACUGUCUUCUCAUCAAUGGCGUAUAGACGGCCACCGAAGAGGGAUGACAGUUCGGCUACAGGGCAGGACACAUGGAUCGACGAGGAGCCGACUGAAAAGGAAUUUUUUACUCUCGAACCGUAUCCAGCGCCUGCUCACGGACAGACACUUUACGAUGUCUUGGAUGAAAUGAUAUGGGCGGACACGCCAGGGGCAGCAGAGCUUGACGACGUGUGGCUAGAGCACGUCGCGGAUAUCCUCACUGUUCAACUAAGCAGUGUAGACGCAGCAAAGGCGGUCGACGUAAAAAUCCCGGCUACUUUCUAUCCUGACCGAUACCUCGCCAACUGCAGAGAAAUUGCGCGUGAAUACCGUCUCCAGAGGCUCCAGAUCCGGGAGGACGUUGUCAGGCUCCAGGGGCUCAUGGAUCGUAUUUCCGCUCCAGGCUCAGCCAAAGGCGUUACUUCUAGAGAGGUCCUAGAGAAAGCCGCCGACGCUGCGGUCUCACUUGCCCCUUCCGCCGAACCUAACGAGGAAUCGACCAGUAUACAGCAGCUGGCUGUUCAGCUAAAAGCUAUUUCGCGGAAGAUAGAAGAUAAACUCAAAGGUGUGUGGCUAACUUGCUUAGGACGACCUGAAUUGACUUGGACGACCACUAACUGCUUAGAACUCGAGAGCCGCCAACAACAAGCCCAGGAGAGUCUCAAGAGCUAUUCCAAAUAUCUGACUGAGCCGUCAACAUCACCCGGCGAGCCACCGGUGCACAAGUACACGCUGAGGGGCGUCUGCACCGAGCCGCAUGUCACAUACGUUCUCCGACGCAGCAUACCGGAGGACAAUACCGAGCCCAAGCCUGACGAAUACGAAUGGUGGCGCAUCAGUUUCUCCGUUGACGAUGCAAAGUCCCGGCAAGCACAGACUGGCCACCCAGCCCCAAAAGAGGCAGACGUGAUUGGUUAUACCGCGCGCAAAGUCCGAGAAAUUGAAGUUCUCCGCGCAGCGCGGGAAGAAUCUAAGAGCGUUUUGCUGGUCUAUGCCAACAGCAAUGCCAUGAAUUACAAGGAAGAACCAGCUCCCGCUCCACUUCAGCGCUUCGUACACGAGGACAACGCUGCCUUCGAAACCGAACUCCAAGAGUGGGAAAAUACCGCAGCCACAAGACUAAACGCAGAGAACGAUUGGGAGCAAACUGUUGGCUCCCGGCCAGCAUAUCCUUCGCCCUCAAUUGGGCAGGAAGAUGUACCCGCCAGCAAAGUCAAUGUCUUUGAUUACCAGGUCUCAUCGUUUGAUGACGAUCCGGCGACGCCUGAAGGACAGGAAAUGGAGGAGAGAGGAGGGAAGCCGUUGCUCAGUCAAGCUACGAGUCAUACCCACCCAGGACAGGACACAGUGCCGGAAUGGAGUAAUUAA